GACAGUUGCCUAAGCAACAUAGAACUAAACAGUAAUGGAAAUUCAUGUCGCAGUUACCAGGUUCGACUUUGAGCUCUCCAUUUUUGGGUGUCUGAAAUGAGAGGUUAAGCAGUAGCCACUAGCCAGACUACAGGAGCAGCAACAACAACAGCCCAAUUUGGCUCCCCAACACCCAGUAAUGCAGUCGAAACCACAAGGUGUCAUGGCUUCUAAUAAUUUGCAGCAGCAAGGAAGCAAAAAUGUUCAGACUGGACGGCCCCAAAAUAUUCUCACCUUAAGCUUGACUACAGGUACAACCUUGGAAGAGUUUAAAUUUGGAUUCCCAUCUGAAGGUUUAUCAACUGCAUCCAAUAGAUGGUGGGGAAGCAAUAGCCCUAAUUGUGAUGAGGGCGUCCAUGGAGAAGCAGCUAAGAGUGAUGAAGGCAACAAACAUCAGUCUGUCAAAUUAGCAGAUGAUAGUGCAAGUUCAAUUACAGGGAACAAAGAGAAAUGUGAAAGUGAAAAAGAAGAGAGCAGCAUUGAUCCACAAGGGACAGAUUUAUUGGUGGCCGUGAGAAAAAGAGCGGUGGAAGAAGGGAAACAGGCACUUAAGCUUGGUGCAUUCCGUGGAUAUGGUGCAAAGAAGCUAGGGAGAAAGGAGAGGACAUUGCUUCUCCGAAUAUUCAAAUCUUCAAUGCCAAAAGAUUGGAUACCUGACUCCUCUUAAAUCCGAGGUGUCGAAUGCUCUCGACAUUAUAAAUAAGCUACAUUUACUCCAACAGGUAGGUUUAUUCCUCAGUCGGAAUUGUGUGAACUAAGUUUGCUUUCUUGUCUUGGUUUGUAAUAUGGCUUAGCUAUGCUAGAAUCUCUGUUUGUUUAGGGCACUCAUAUAUGUAUUACUUGAGUUGCAAUGAUUAUCAUGUAGUUGAUUAACUGUAUGACCAUGAGUUGCUUCUAGAAUCUUUGUUGGUAACGGGCAAUCUCAUAUAAGAUAGCACACAAGUUAUUAUUUGA